AUGCCCGCCUCUAGAGUCGGAAUCGCAUCGCUCCCAGAUGAGGUAAAGCUCGAGCUGCUCUUUCAUGCACCAGAGCUGCGCUAUCUGUCACGCGAAUGGUACCGAUUGCACGAUGUAGUGUGUGCUUUGAAGUGUGCGAGGCUUGCCGACCAUAAACUGCUGACGAGGUGCCUGAAGGGCUUUAGUAGUUAUUCGAAAGCCUGCUUAGAGGAAUUGGAGCCGUUGAGGCUUCUGUGCCGCGAGGGUAUAGCCCAGACGGCGGGUGACCGUUCGGAGAGUAUUGAGGAGCGCAUGACAGGUGCCUGGUACUGGGCAUACUAUAUGGAGUUUGUCUAUCCACUCGUUAUCCUGCAGAGUCUCUCUUUCGAGCAGAACCGCUUGCCGUUGAAGCCAGUGGAGGUUUUGUUAUGCAAUUCUAAAUCGAGAGAGCUCAGCUUAUGGGUACAUCUGGUUCAACGAACCCCGGGCCUGCGUCCUACGAUCUACUUGAAUGUUACCGCGUUCGACUGUCGCGACGAUGAUGAGCGAGGGGAUGAGCGAGAGGGCGCAUCACGGAAAGUUUUACAGGAGCUUCAGAUAAAGCACACUCUGGAGGACUUUGUCGCCGAGAGGAUGACGCAGCCAGGAAAAUACUGUCUCAAGUUGCCCCCGCUACAGCUCUCCUGCCCGGGGCACGGAGUUCUGUUGCGAGCGGAAUGCAGCAUUAGGGGCACCGGAUGCGAACAGCUAAUACCGCUGGCUCUUGAUUUCGCACCGUACCAAAUACACAGACCGUGGUUCAUGUUCAAAACCUAUCGCGAAUGGUAUAAUUUAUGCCUUAGAAACAGGAGGACGGGCGAGUUCAUUAUGGACGUUUUUGAUAUAUACCCGGAAUGUCCAAUCACCUCAAGAGAGUUCUUGUUUCGGUUCCUUGAUUGCGAGGUCCGAAACAGCCACCUCGAUUGGACCACACCAUACCUCGGGGAACGUGAUUCACCUUCCCAACCGUUGGCGCCCCUCCAGAAUUCCCCCUAUGCAGAAAUCCAACCUCGGGCUCAACUUUGGUGGACAUAA